AUGAGCAAGGCCGAGCCGAGACCGAAAAGCGUCAAAAAGACGCUGAAUGCCGGGAGGGGACAAGUGCCAGAAUAUAAAGAUGGAACGAAGGCCGUAUUUCACUACGAAGUGCUGAGGCCGCUUGAUUUGACGAAUGGCAUGCCGGAGAGUAGAGAUGACUAUGAAAGUAUCGAAGACACGAGAAAAGGAUACCCACAUGGCUAUGGCCUCCCGAUGGAGCUGAUUUUUGGCAAGAAAUUCCAGUUGGCCAUUUUUGAGACGCUGCUGAGGAGCAUGAACGUUGAUGAGAUCAGCCAAUUCGACGUCGAGGCCAGCGAGCUGUUCCAGUAUCCGCUAACCUCGAAAAAGCUGCGCGAUUUGGCGCAUUCCAGGGAGCAUGGCCACGGCCAUUCGCACAGCACGCAUAUGUGCGCCGCGACGAUGGCGGAGGGAACCGGAUACCCAUGUCUCGAUGAGCUCCUGAAAAAACCGAGCCCACUCCGCUUCAUCUUCCAUCUCCUCCAGGUCCACCAGCCCGAGGACUACGAGGCCGAGGGCUGGCAGCUGAAUCCGGAAGCCAAGUUGAAAAGCGUCGAGACCCUAAAGCAGCAGGGCAACGAGUUGUACCUGAAAAAGAAGUACCGGCCGGCCAUUGAAAAGUAUAAAGAAGCGCUUACGCGAUUGGACCAUUUGAUAUUGCGUGAGAAACCGGGCGAUCCGGAAUGGGAAGAGCUGGACGUGAAGAAUGUGCCGUUGUAUCUAAAUCUUUCCAUUUGCUACUUGCACUGCGGCGAUUUCUAUGAAUCGAUAGGUGCUGCCGAUGAGGUACUUUCACGAGAUGCGACAAAUGACAAGGCGUUAUAUCGAAAAGCAAAAGCCUUGAUAGGCACCUGGGAGCUUGGAAAGGCCCGAGAAUCCCUGGAGAAACUUGUUGCCGCGCACCCGGAGUGGGCAAAACUCGCCGACGUCGAGCUGCAGGAAAUCAAGCGCCGCCAGGACCAAGUGGCCGCCGAUAAAAAGAAUAUUUGCAAAAACAUGAUCAAGGGAAUGGAGGAUGGAGACCGCCAGUUCAAGAUCAACGACCUCCUCAAAUUCGCUAAGCUCCGCAUCAACGCCACACGUCGUCAAGUACACGGACCCUACCAAAAUCCGCUUCGCCGUCACCUGCUCCUCGAAUAUGAAUCGCAGCAUGGAAGCGCACGGCUUUUUAAAGAAAAGAGGCAUAUCAAUCGAGUCGUUUGGCACCGGCAAUCAAGUGAAACUGCCCGGCAAGUCGGCGACGACGCCCAAUUGCUACGAUUUCGGCACGCCGUACGAUUUCAUCUUCAAGGACCUGUCGAAAAAGGACAAGGCAUAUUACACGGAAAAUGGGCUCCUGAGCAUGCUCGAUCGGAACCGGCGGAUCAAAGAGGCCCCCAAAAGCUCCAAGUCUGCACCGACGAGUUUAACGUAAUCAUUGCGCUCGAAGAAAGGGUGUACGAUCAGGUGCUCGACCAUUUCUUCAGCAAAAAACAAGACCGCAUGGUGCACGUCCACAUUAUCAACAUUGACAUCGAAGACAACCACGAGGAUGCGACGAAUGGCGCGUGGUUGGUGACCGAUAUUUGUGAAAAGCUCAGCAAAUGCCGCGAUUUGACGGCCGACAUCGAGCGGGUCAUCGAAGAAUUCGCCGACAAGAACCCCGAGCGCAACAUAAUGCACACAAUCAAGUUUUAC